AUGGCUGCAAGAAAUGAAUUGGAUGCCUCUACAAUGCCAUCAACAGUUAUUCAAACGCUUUCAUCAUCUGGUCAAUAUAAGAAACGCCUUUUGCAAAAGUACAAUAAAGAACAAGAGGACAUAGUUCGAAAUCGAGAAACUCUAUAUCCUUGCCUUUCAAAUGAAGCUCUUUCUCUUAAUAACUCUUUUGAAAUUUCAAAACCCACUUUCGAUACAAAAAAUUCAUGUUCAAAAGAUGAUAGUCAUAAGCGAGCGAUCUUAUUAAGACAACCCACAAUUGAAGAAUCAUUCUCACCGUCACCGGAUUCACUUCCAUUGCAGAAUCUCUCUAAAUUCAGUGAGGCUUUUGGUAGUCAACAUCAGAUUGCUUCAUGGAUGCACAAUCAGUUAUUGGCUCUUCAAAAGCAGUGGUUCGCUGAACCAGUAAUGCCGUCAUCAAAUAGCCAGUUGCAAAUACCUCGACCAUGUCUCACCGUGAAAUCUCCACAGUUGUUGGCACCACCUUCAACCCAUACUUCUCGUACUUUUUUACGAGCCGUUUCACCACAGUUAGAAUCGACAUUGGGACCUAUAAAACAUUCUGCGAUUUGGAGGCGAAGUCGAUCCGAAUCGGAUGUUUCGUAUGACAAUUAUAUAUGUAAACAUUGUGGACAGGCUUUUGCAGUGCACGACCGCUUGGCCAAACACAUUGCUUCUCGACAUCGAGAUCGCUCAAUUUCAGUAACCGGAGAUGAAACCUUAUCUAAAUUACAUAAAUGUACUGUUUGCACCAAGUCGUUUGGGAGAAGUGAUAUGCUUACAAGACAUAUGCGGCUUCACACAGGCAUCAAACCAUAUGGAUGUCAUAUAUGUGGACAAGUCUUUUCAAGAAGUGACCAUUUAAGUACACAUCAGCGGACUCAUACGGGUGAAAAACCUUAUCAGUGUCCACAAUGUAACUAUGCUGCGAGUAGAAGAGACAUGAUAACUCGUCACAUGAAGACACAUAUAAGGCCAGGAGGUUCGCCGGAAUUCAGUCCAUUAGCAAUUGAACGUCUUACCCUUGGUCAAAUUCAGAGAAAAUCAGCUCAGUCAUCAUCAUCGCAAUUUAAAUCAAGUCAAUUCGACUUCAGUCCAUCAUCUUUCCAAUUGAAUUCUUCAGAACAACGACAUGAUUUUUCUCAAGAUAAUAUCAGCUCGGGCUUACAUAAAAGUAUGGAUAAUUUGGUAAUUUUGGACAAAUCGACAGUAAACUUAAUUGGUAGUGGUCUGAGGCCAAGCGCAUUUACUCCUAGUGUCAAAUAUAAUUCGUCAAAAUCAACCAUUUCUGAAAAUGCUUUUGAUCCGAAUAAACUUCUGAUUCCUUGCACUUAUUUUGGCCCACACUCCUCUCCACGAACAUCGCCAGCCAUAACAUGCCAAUCUAAUUUAUUUUUUUCAUCUAAUAUUUCCUAA